CGUUUGCGAUAUUGAGAGAAAUUCGAAUAGAAGAGUUGGAAUUGAAUGAAACAAUUGAGAGAAUCGGAGCCGAAACGGUGGAAAUUGCAGAAUCACUUAAGAUCGGAUACUUUCGUUACAUGUUUCAGAAAGAACCUUAUUAUUACGAGGAAAUAACCAAAGAUUACCGAAGACACAAAGAAAUGGUGAGAGAUCUGAAGAAGCACAAACUCCGAUUGGAAAAUGAGACGGGAAGAAAGUACCGUGCGAGUGAAAUUGAUGAUACCGAAUUUCGCGAGAAGUUAAAUAAACUGACAGCAUCGCCAAUUUUAAUGAGGCUAUGCGAAUGGUUAGAGAGCUUGGAAGAAGACCCCGUGAUUUUUAGACCUUAUAAAAACCUUGAGCAUGUGUUGGGCGAUAGACCCACUCUAUUCUAUUAUUUGCAUGCAAAAACAUUAGAUGAAAGGGUUGGAAUUAAUUUAAAUAAUAUUAGAAAGCACAUUCUACAUGAUAGGGAUAAAAUUUUUCAAGAUUUACUUGAAAUAAUUAGUCGAAAAUUCGACAUAAGUUACGUGCAAACUAUUCAAGAUAACGCAACAGCGCCAAUCAAUUCUAAUCGAGAGGAGACGCGUGACCAUAAAGAAAAAGAGAAAUAUUCGGACUGGUGUAAUAGUAUUUUGGAGCGUUGGUCGGCGGGCCUUCUCGACGAGACCGUCGAGCGAAAGCAAACGAGAGAGAACGAUGACCACGACGCAAAUGAUGAAUACGUUGCACCCUCAAGUGAAGCUUUACAAGUGUUCGACAACAUCCAAAUCAAUUUUAAUAUGUUGGUUGGCCUUUUUACGGUCAAAAACUAUUUUCAGAAGGACAGUUCUGUUCUGG